UUUCCAUCCAAUCCUUUCAAUGCACAGAGCUUAAUUAAUUACCCUUGUGUUCAUUCUCUUCAUCUUUCAGCAUGUCUCGUUUUCUUUUUCUUCUGUUGUGUGCUUCUGCUCUUCUUGCUUCUUCUGUGGCUUCUGCUGCUAUUGUUGAACACUCAUUCCAUGUGAAAAACCUUACGCUCCGGCGGCUGUGCGGUGAGCAAGUGAUAACUGCGGUGAACGGAAGCCUCCCCGGUCCGACCAUAAGAGUUCGAGAGGGUGAUACUCUUGUGGUUCAUGUGUUUAACAAGUCUCCAUACAAUCUCACAAUUCACUGGCAUGGAAUAUUUCAGAAACUGAGUGGCUGGGCAGAUGGGCCUAAUAUGGUAACUCAGUGUCCAAUACUCCCUGGAAGUAGCUACACCUACAAAUUUAAGGUCAUCAAACAAGAGGGUACUCUCUGGUGGCAUGCUCACGUCUCAACUCUCCGAGCAACGGUGUAUGGAGCUCUAAUUAUCCGGCCAAGAUCCGGUCAUUCCUACCCUUUUCCGAAACCUGACAAAGAAGUUCCUAUCUUAUUAGGAGAGUGGUGGAAUGCUAAUAUAAUUGAUGUCGAGAAUCAAGCCCUUGCUACUGGUGCCGGACCUAACAAUUCCGAUGCUUACACCAUUAAUGGAAGGCCUGGCGAUCUUUACCCAUGUUCUCAAAACCAGAUAUAUAAACUUAAAGUGGAGAGAGGAAAAACAUACAUGUUACGUAUCAUCAAUGCUGCACUCAAUAAUCAGCUCUUCUUCAAGAUUGCUAAUCAUAAGAUGAAAGUGGUCGCGGUUGAUGCGUCCUACACAAAACCUUACAUUACCGAUGUUGUAGUCACCGGCCCUGGCAUGACCACCGAUGUUCUCCUUAUUGCUGACCAGCCGGUGGGAUCGUACUACAUGGCAGCUAGCCCUUAUGCGAGUGCUGCAGGUGUACCAUUUGAUAACACCACCACUAGAGGCAUCCUCAUUUACGAAGGCUCUACAUCCGCUACUCCCAUUAUGCCUUUAAUGCCAGCCACCAAUGACACUCCUACGGCUCAUAAGUUUUACAGUAACCUCACCGGACUUGCUGGCGGACCACACUGGAUUCCGGUGCCACGUCAUGUUGACGAGCAUAUGUUCAUAACAGUUGGGCUCGGGCUCGAACCUUGUGGAGGGAAUGCCACAUGUCAAGGUCCAUUCGGACAGAGACUCUCUGCGAGCAUGAACAACAAAUCGUUUCAGUUCCCAACAAGCUUAUCAAUGUUGCAAGCUUUCUUUUUCAAUGUGGGUGGAAUCUACACUCCUAAUUUCCCAGACAAGCCUCCAGUGAAGUUCGAUUACACAAACUCCAACAUCAGCAACGACCAAUCUUUGCUCUUUGCUCCCAAAUCAACGAGCGUAAAGGUCUUAAAGUACAACUCGACGGUGCAGAUUGUGUUGCAGAACACGGCUUUGAUCGUUGUGGAGAAUCAUCCCAUUCAUCUUCACGGUUUCAAUUUCCAUGUGUUGGCUCAAGGAUUUGGAAACUAUGAUCCUGUCAACGACCCUAAAAAAUUCAACCUUGUGAACCCACAAAUGCGAAACACCAUCGGAGUUCCUGUCGGAGGCUGGGCAGUGAUCAGAUUCAAAGCCAAUAAUCCUGGUGUAUGGAUCAUGCACUGCCAUCUAGACGCUCACUUGCCAUGGGGGCUAGCCACGGCUUUCGUCGUUCAGAAUGGACCCACUCCGCGAUCAACCUUGCCGCCUCCGCCGGCUGAUCUGCCUAAGUGUUAGAAUUUGUGGCAUGCCGUGAUUCACAUUAUUAGUCUCUUUUCAUUUUUCUGGGAUUUAUUUCUUUGUAUUAGUUUGAUUUACAUUGUUUCGUUUGGAGCAAAAGUCUGCUGUAAUAAUGUUACGAUUGGUCUAUUCUUUGUCAAUUGUACCAAACUGGAAUUGUUGUCAUGUAAUGAUAUUGUUUUAUAAAUUC